AUGAAGAAGAAAGCCGCAACCAUGAGGUUGCCUGGGUGGAAGGUGAUAGAAGAGUUAUCGAGACGACAACAGCACGAGUGGGGCUGCACAUGCAUGCAGCGAAAUGGUAUGGUCCAGCAGAUCAGCCUCUGUAGUGAAAAUUUCGUGGCAUAUAGCACAAGAGUGAAGAGCCAACAGGUCAGGCCCAUUCUCAAGUUCCUGAAAAUAGUG